CACUCACUCACUUUAGGCCAAUCCGUCCUCUCUCUCUCUCUCCCUCUCUCUGUGUCUCUCUCCUACUCUGAGACAGAGUCAGAACUCUUCUCCCUGACAGCCACAAACAUCUACAGCACUUAUUGCAUUCAGAGAGGGAACCUGCAAACAAAACUUCACAGAAAACUUUUGGUUCUUGUUCCAGAGAAUUUGCUGAAGAGAAGGAAAAACAAACAAACAAACAAACAAACCAAACCAGCCCCAAAAAAACUGUGCGUGAAGGGGGAGGAAAAGCAGGGCCUUUUAAAAAGGGAAUCACAACAACUUUUGCUGCCAGGAUGCCUUUGCUUUGGAAGAGAGGAUUUUUGUUGGUGCUUUGCUGGAUUAUAGUGAGGAGUUCCCCAACCCCAGGAUCCGAGGGGCACAGUUCAGUCACUGACUGUCCAUCAUGUGCCCUUGCCACGCUCUCAAAGGAUGUGCCCAGCUCACAGCCUGAGAUGGUGGAAGCAGUAAAGAAGCACAUACUGAACAUGUUGCACUUGAGGGACAGACCUAAUAUCACCCAGCCGGUGCCCAAGGCAGCACUUUUAAAUGCCAUCAAAAAACUCCAUGUGGGAAAGGUGGGAGAGGAUGGUUAUGUGGAAAUAGAGGAUGAUGUUGGAAGAAGAGCCGAAAUGAAUGAAGUCGUGGAGCAAACCUCAGAAAUCAUCACAUUUGCAGAAUCAGGCACAGCCAAGAAAAUGUUGCACUUUGAGAUUUCCAAGGAAGGCAGUGAAUUAUCGGUGGUGGAACAUGCUGAAGUGUGGCUCUUCCUGAAGGUCUCCAAGGCCAACCGGAGCAGGACAAAAGUCACCAUCCGCCUGUUUCAACAGCAGCGGCAGCCAAAAGGCAACUCUGAAGGAGCAGAAGAUACAGAGGACAGGGGACUGAAAGGUGAAAGGAGUGAGACUUUGAUUUCGGAAAAGGCAGUGGACACCCGUAAGAGCACUUGGCACAUCUUUCCUGUCUCUAGCAGUGUCCAGAGACUCCUGGACCAAGGCAAGAGCUCUUUGGAUGUGCGGAUUGCCUGUGACCUGUGCCAAGAGACUGGAGCCAGCCUGGUGCUACUGGGCAAGAAGAAGAAAAAGGAAGAUGAUGGGGAAGGGAAAGAAAAGGAAGCUGGAGAAUUCACAGAAGAGGAGAAGGAGCAAUCACAUCGGCCCUUCCUGAUGAUGCUUGCCCGGCACUCAGAGGACCGCCAGCACAGGCGGCGGAGACGAGGCCUGGAGUGUGAUGGCAAAGUCAACAUCUGCUGCAAGAAGCAGUUCUUUGUCAGCUUCAAGGACAUAGGAUGGAGUGACUGGAUCAUUGCACCUACAGGUUAUCAUGCCAACUACUGCGAAGGAGAGUGCCCCAGCCAUAUAGCAGGCACAUCUGGUUCAUCGUUAUCUUUUCACUCCACUGUCAUCAACCAUUACCGCAUGCGGGGCCAUAGCCCCUUUGCCAACCUCAAGUCAUGUUGUGUGCCCACCAAGCUGCGGCCCAUGUCCAUGCUCUACUAUGACGACGGCCAGAACAUCAUUAAGAAAGACAUACAGAAUAUGAUUGUGGAGGAGUGUGGCUGUUCAUAGAUGCGUGUGUGUGCAAGACCCUUCUCGUUGAGAAGAAAAUGUAUCAAAAGCCCAAGAAGAGGAAAGACCGGACAUGGUAUAGCCUUUUUUGAAUGAAACAAUCAUCGGAAAUAAAAGCAAAAAAAAAAAAAAAACAGAGAGAGAAAAGAGAAAGGAAAAAAAAAAGACUUAUGGAGGAUCAGGAAAGACUUCAGCUGUAAAAAGGAAGAAAGCUUCAUGAACCCGGGCUUGAAUGAGAUACGUCUGAAUGGCGGUAUGGGUUGGGGACUUCCCCUUCCUUUCAGUAUGCUCCUUAUCUUAUUACAUAGUAUACUAAACUUUAGUUAUGACUAGGGGAGUUAUGUUCCCUCCCUUAGUCACCCAUCAGUUCAAGCAGUGGUAGCAGCUCAUCUAAUCUGCAGCAAUUUGGACUAAGUCCAAAAUGUCAUUGAAAUUCCUUGAAAAGCCACGUGUAUGAACACUACAUUCACUGGCACUUUCCCCCAAAAUUUACCGAGGAACUGAGUAGGUAUGUAGUGUUUGUGGGUAUAUAUAUGGCUAUGUAUUUAUAUACAGAUCUCUAUACAUACAGACACUACAUACAUACAUAUACUUAACAUUGGUAAAGGGACAAUAUUGUGCAGGUGUAUACACCUUCAUCUUCUGCACUACAUUUACAAAAAAAAAAAGAAAAAAGGAAAAAAGAAAAAUGAAGAAAAAACAGAAUUAAAAAAAGAACGAAUGAAAGAAUAAAAGUUACAUUUUGUAAAGGUGCUUACAACGUUAGAACUAUGCAACCUAGUUGGUUUGAAACUGUUUACCUGCAAGAGAAAGACAAAAAAAAAAAACAAAAACAGAAAGACUUUUUUUUAAAUGGAAGUAACUUGUUUUAAAAAAAAUUCUUCAGUGAGAGAUACUUGAAAGGAACAUGUUUGUCCAGUUACUGGAGCCAAACAUUUCUAUAUUUUGUAAAAAAAAAAAUUUUUAAUCGUUUACUAUUUGCACUACAAUGGUGUCUGACCUGUCUAAUCCUUAUUUAACAAAUAUUUGCAAGGGAGGGUGGUUGGGUGUGGGAGGGGUUGAGAGCUGCACUUAUUGUGAGCUAUACAAGAACUGCUACAGCACACAAAAUAGCUAUUUUUAUUAUUAUAAUAAUUAUUAUUAUUUUGUACCUUAAAAUGAAUAGACACAUACACCAAAGACAUUUGUGCGAGCCUCUAAAAAGUCUGUUUGUGGUUGGUACCAUUCACCUGUAAUAAGUUAGGGUUUGAAUUAAGGGUCAGUGGGUUGAUUACAUUCAGGCUAGAAUAUCUGUUAACCAGUUAAAUUCAAAUAGUGCCCUCAACAGCAAAUUGCCAUUUGAAGUAAGCCCAGAAAAGCCCUGGGAUUUGGAUCCAAUGUGCUCAGAUCCAAGGUCCAUCUAAGUAUAACUGUACUCUUUUGCAUGUACAACACUAAGACUCAUCCCUGAUGCACAGCAACUGUGCAUUUUUGGGAAACAACUUUAUACAAGGGAUAUACAUAUAUAUAUGUAUAUAUUUCUGUAUGUAUAUAUAUGUAUGUAUACACAAGGUAUAAGCACUUCUGGCUUCACUUUAAUAUUCUUAAAACAAUGAAUGUUUGUGUGCAAAGCACAUUAUGUUAAAAGAUUGUUUGUUUGUUACUACCAAGUGGGAGGCUACACGUUCAAAAUGGUAUUUGUGUGAGAGAAACCUAAAGUGCUGGUGUACACUUAGAAAGUCUCGAUGUAAAAUUGCAAGCAGCUUUGGGCCCUGCCCACCAUCGCCCCUGCAAAUAUACAGAAAAUGGCAGUUGUGGUAGGAUUUCUGUUUGAAACGCAGUCUUCGGUGAAAGACUGGCUGUCUCAACCACCACCCUCUAGCAUGACAACUCUUAAUGGGUUUGCGCGUUACCUGUAAGACCUAAUUUUCAGUGUCAACACCUAACCUGAUGGGUCCAACCCGUAGGGCAUAGGUAGAUAGUUUUUUUUAAAAAUUCUAUCGCUGUCAUAUUUAAAAGAAUGUUAAAGUUACAACAUUUGUCUUUGGGUAGGGGGAGAUGAUAAGAGGGAAUGGGAGAAACCUUUAGGCCCUGCUUACACUGAGUUUGGUAACCCUGAGCCUGAAGCUUCAGACUCUCACAGGUUUGCAGGACCAAGCCCCUGUUAGCUGUCUUCUGAUAGGACAGGCUUCAAAAUGCCUCGCACGGAAAGAAGCGCUAAUGUGGCUCCCCACCUUGUUGAGAGCACAGUCUGUAAGAAAAAUUAAAAAAAAAAAAAAAAAAAAAA